AUGUUGCUAGCUGAUGUCCCGCAAAGUAGUAUGCUGCAGCAAUACCUUGUUGACGGGAUGAUUCUCGGAGCCUUAAUCCAUAUUGGGGAUCUAUUCACCAAGAGUCCUGAAUACCAAGAAAGAAUGUCCACGCGACAUAUCCUCAAAAUUACAUCCCAGACAGCCCUUGAAAUGAAGGAGACAGUGGUUCAGAACGGUGAGACACUAAUUCACAAGAGUCGGUUUUUCACGAGAUCCAAGAGGGACGAUUCCAAGAUCAUUUUUAGUUAUCUGGUCGGUCUUCUACAAAAGAUAGUGGAGGAUGUCGAAAUACGCGAGCCGAAAUCGAAAAUCAUACACCAAGGGGCAGACUACUGA